UUUCUAAAAGUUGUAAUAAAAUGUUCGAUUAUUGUCUUCAUAUUAAGAUAACACAUUUUUUAAUGAUUUGUAUAACAAUUACACUUUUCUUGACAUUCUUUGUAGCAUAUUUUCCGCUCACUGAUGAAUGUAAUUGUCCAAAAGAAACGGAACUAAAUUUACUUAAACACUCUUCAAAACAAAUUAAUGGUCGAUCUAUAACAAAUGAACAUAGAUUAGCUGUUUUAGUACCGUAUCGAAAUCGAUUUGAAGAGUUAUUAGAAUUUGUGCCAUACAUAGAUACAUUUUUAAAUAAUCAAAAUAUAAAUCAUCAUGUAUUUAUUUUAAAUCAAGUGGAUUCGUAUCGAUUUAAUCGAGCAUCAUUGAUUAAUGUCGGAUUCCGAUUUGUUAAAAAUGAAUAUGAUUACAUUGCAAUGCAUGACGUUGAUUUAUUACCGUUAAAUCCAAAAUUAAGCUAUCAGUAUCCAGAAAAACAACCAUUUCAUAUUGCAUCACCGGAAUUACAUCCAAAAUAUCAUUAUCCAACAUUCGUGGGUGGAAUUUUACUGAUUAAUAGGGAACAAUUUAUACAAGUGAAUGGUAUGUCUAAUAAUUAUUGGGGUUGGGGCUUAGAAGAUGAUGAAUUUUAUGUACGAUUAAAAGAUGCAAAAUUAAAUGUUUCGAGGCCAGUUGAUAUUGAUAGUGGAACGUCUGACACUUUUAGACAUAUACAUGACAAGAACCAUCGAAAACGUGACAUGACCAAAUGUUUCAACCAACGUGAAAUAACUCGUAAACGUGAUCGUAUCACAGGUUUAAACAAUGUGAUUUAUCAAAUAAGUGCCGUUAAAAAUUGUACAAUUGAUGGAGCACCAUUGACAAUAUUAAAUAUUGAAUUAUCCUGCAAUCGAAAGGUUACACCUUGGUGUGAUUGUAGCGACGCUACUGCGUCUAAUAUCGAAAAAAUUACUAAGACACGAAAGAAAAAGACCAAAGCUUAAUACUAUAAUAUAUCAAACUUGUUUGGUUAUUAUUUAACGCGUCAAUUCAUGCAUGAAUUAAUCAAAAGAUAUACGUUUAGAACAAGGACUUCUUAUUGCAUAAUUAUUAAGCACAUUUUGGCGUUGUAUCGGCUAAACAGGCCCAUUUUUAAUUUAUAAAGCCGUUCUCUUCAAGUUAUGAUAAAUUCAAUGAUUUUGAAAUGGUUUAUUUUUUAUCAUUCAUCAAUCAUAAUUUGUUAUAUAUUUUUAUAGAAAAAUUGUAAUUAGCCACCAUCACAGAUGUUUAUAUACGAUCUAGAUAACUUAUUUACCACAUGAAAGUUGAAUUACUUAUAGAAUUCUACAACAUAAGAUCAAAAUUAAGAAUAACAAAUGAAAACAAACAAUUGACUGAGUUAAUUGUUGAGAUAUUCUAUAUAAAAAGUGUUGAAUGUCAGUACUUGCAUUAUUUUUUUAUAAAUUAGAGGAGUUUAAAAAACCAACACAAUAUUGGCGGCUUUUCUGCCACCAUUGGUUUUGAUUUUCGAAAGUAUUUUCUAUAAUUUUUUUUGUUUUUCGAGUUUUGUUUUUGUCCUAAU